AUGGUCGCCAGGGCUAAGGAUCAGAGGGAAAGGAAACUGGCCCCAUCUCAAAAGUCUCCGUUCGUGGGAAACGUUACGGUUAAGGAGCUCAUACGUAACAAGAAGCAGCGCUUAGCGGUCUACAAUCCGUAUCUGCCCGAAGACAAGAAUGUUCGGAAGGAACUAACGGCGUUCCUGAAGUCUACAGCUGGGUAUCCAAAGCUUGACAAGGAUAAGUUUCCCGUGUGGUAUUGGUGGUGGGAACUCAUUACGCAGCCGCAAUGGCUAUCGGACUCGCACAUGGACGCGGUCAUCAAUCUGCUGCGGCUCAGAAUGAAAGAACAACCGCACAGCUUUAGAAGUGACCGGCUGUGUCUCAUCGAUAGUGGUCUUAGUCUGUUUUGGACGGCAAAGUAUGACGAUUUCAAGAAGUCUGAGCCUAAUGUCUUCGGACUUGGGAAAGUACCUCCCACCUGA